AUGAUGAAGAUGACCCUGAAGCCUACAAGAGCAUGCCUGUCCCUGAUAAGGUAAGAGGAGUUAAAAGAUCUGUCCCCGAUGAGGUAAGAGGAGUUAAAAGAUCUGUCCCUGAUGAGGUAAGAGGAGCCACCAGAACAUCUGUCCCUCCUGAAGCUUAUAACGCUGAUAGAAAGGUCCAUCACAGCAUGUUGUAUGUCUGUUGUAUGUACAAUAUGAUUCCAGUUAGACAGAGUUGCAUGACAUAAACGUGUUCCACAAGAGGAAGGUUCACGGAAAAAACAUUCAAUACAGUUCAGCACACUCAGAGCAGAAUAAAUAUGUUUGUAUUAUACUGUAUAUUAAUUUAUACCUAAGGAGAACGUUACAAUAUGCUUCGUAAUAAUAUAUCAAAAGAUCGUAUUUUGGGUUUCUACCAGAACAUCUUUACAUGCUUAAAGUAAAAAAAGAUAAAUAAAUAUUGCUAACAUUGUCUAUCUGAAGAAAAAAAACAGUAUUCACAAAUGCUCCGUUUUAGUGCCCGUCUCUUGAAGCCCCAUAUCUGAAAAUGCCCAGUCGGCUGUAAUUGGCUUGUGGCACAAAUAUGGUGCACCUUUUGCAAAUGUAGUUCUCAAGCCCAGCUGCACAAUACUCAGUUGGAGGGCAUUAUAUUCUAGUGAGAUGCAUGUGACUUAGGAAGCAGAGACUUAUCUGAGUGGCUUGCUGAAUAACGAUCUCUGCAGCCCACAAGAACUGACCGGGUUGUGUUAUUUCACAGUUUGUGGGUUGGUAGGCACUCCAGACACCCAAAUGUAUGUGCACAAGCACUGAAAAAGUGAUUUAUUUUUUAAUGAUGUGUCCCCUUUCAUAUCGGUGGAUACAGUGCAGACAAAUGUAACUCAAUCUAGAGCUGAGCAAUAUUGCUAUAUGUUUUUAUAAGUAAGGGAGGUGAUUUCCCCAAAGUCAGAGCCCACUGCAGUGUAAACGAUGAAAAGUUAUAAAUGUUUUAUUAUCGUGGCGGCCUGAUCUAAAAAGCUAGAGUGAUGUGUAUUGACUACACACUUACCUUUUGGGGAGAUUUGUUUCCUCACCUGACGACAGUAUCAUCCCACCUGUACCUCAGGGCCACCACUUUGUUUUUCAUAACCGUCGGUGAUGUGCUGCUUCUUUUACACACUGAUUUUCUUUCAUCGAUACUUUAAUAUCAAUAAUAUCUUGACUGUUGUAUGUCUCAGUAGUAAUGUGGAAACGAAGGCCAAACAGUUCAAACUGGGGAAUAAUAAUACUCUCAUUUUAUAACCUUUCUUUCAUACUCUUACGUUCUUAUAGUGACCACAAUCUGCCUACUACAUCAAACAAGCCCAUGUGAACUCUGCUUUGGCGUUGUCGUUACUUUCAACAGUCGGAUAUGAACACGUCUCCUCUCUUCCUUUCAGAACUCCUCCCUGUACACAAAGGACAAAAUUGAUGAGUUUCACGAUGAGAAGAUUGCAAAACUUCUCGCCAGCGGGGUUCAAAUGGAGAGCGACCCGGAGGAACUGGAUGAUGAGGAGGAGGUGAUGGCCCUGGAUGAUUCAGAGGAUGACGAAGACGAGGAGGAGGAGGAGGAGGAGGAAGAAGAAGAGGAUGAGGGGACAGACAUGGAGAGUGAUCUAGAGGCCAAAAAAGAAGACGAUCUUCCUAAUGAAAUGGCAUGGGGCAACAGGAAGAAGAUGUUCUACGACGCUGACUUUGUCACCACCAAGGGGAGAUCUCAAGACGAGUUGGAGGCCGAGGAGCAAGAGGAAGAAGAAGAGGCUAAAAAUGUCCAGAAACGUUUAGCUGCAAAUCUGAGCGAGGAGGAUUAUGAUUUAAACUUGUUUCAGGAAUUUGCCGUGGAGGAGAAGGAUGAAAACAAGACUGUGGAAAAAGAAGCGAGGAUUGUGAAAGAUCUGAAGCAGAUGUCCCAGAAGGAAAAAAUGAAACUUUUAAAAAAGGAGUCACCAGAGCUGCUUGAACUUAUUCAGGACUUCAAGGCAAAGCUCAAUGAACUAAAGGAUGAGCUGCAGCCUCUCAUGCAGAUGGUCAAGGAGGGAAAGAUCCCACCAGGAAAGGGUGCCGACUACCUCAAGACAAAACAGCAACUGUAUCUGAAUUACUGCACGAACAUCAGUUUCUACUUAGUGCUGAAGGCAAAACGGAUCUCCGCUCACAACCAUCCAGUGAUUGAAAGACUGCUGACCUACAGAAAUCUCAUCAAUGAGCUCGGCUCAGUAGACGCUCGGCUUGCACCUCAGUUUCACAGGCUGCUAGCUGGUGAGGACAAAGACAAGACCACCAGCAGACCAGCAGGGGAAAAGAAGACCAGAGUCGCCAGCAAGAAGGAAACGGAUUCUGGAGAAACUAAUCCUGAGGUUGAGGAGGACUCCGACCUGGACGAGGAAGCCGCUCUGCGUUUCUACAGAGAAAUUGAGCAGCGGUCGAAAUUGAAGAGAAAGGGCAAAGACCCAGAAGCUGAAGUGAUGGAGGAGAAAGAAGACGAGCAGCAGCAGCAGCAGCAGCAGCAGGAGGAUCCAGAUGCUAAGAGAGGAAUCACUUACCAGAUGGCUAAGAACAAGGGGCUCACACCCAAGAGGAAGAAGAUUGAUCGUAAUCCCAGAGUCAAGCACAGAGAGAAGUUCAGACGAGCCAAAAUCCGCAGAAAGGGCCAGGUUUGUUUUCCUCUAAAGCUUCUGGGAACUGUCUCUCGGCUCCUCGGUUUGAAUCAAGAGUACAUGUGGCCGUGUCAAACACGUUGCGUUCUUAUUCACCAGGUGCGAGAUGUUCGUCGGGAGGAGACGAGAUACAGCGGAGAGCUGUCUGGUAUCCGUGCUGGUGUCAAGAAGAGCGUCAAAUUUAAGUAACCGUGCCAGAAUCUACACUUUGCUGCCCAGUAGAGUCACAGGAUUGGAUUAUUACCAAUGGACUGUACUUGUAAUCUUUCUUAUAGGUGUGUAGCAAAGCAUGUCACUCAAUUAUUCAGCUGUCAAUAAUUGUUGUUGAAAAAUCUGUUCUAGAUCAUUGCAUCAUAUGAAUAAACAUUUAAUACUUUCAAA